GCGUUGGCACCGCCCAAUAUACCCGGCAUGGAGACGAAGACCGGCCGCCUGCUGCUUCGCCAGCAGCUGCACCUCAAUCUCAAUCUGAAUGUGCAGGAAACGUUGCGCGAUGGCGUCGACAUCGAUGAUGUGGACGAGGAUGUCGACGAGGACGAGGACCUAGACCUAGACCUAGACCUAGAAACCGUCACAACAGUGCCUCUUAACAAUGAACAACUUAAUGCUAAGGUCACCACCACAACAUCCAGUUCAUCAGCAGCGAGCAGUGCAUUAGCUAAAUUCAAUCGCAUCAUUGACUCCACCUUGGAGCGGCCACCAGUGGCCCUAGAGUACUCCGGAUUGCCCAAGUUGAGCAGUGCCACAUUGCAGCAGCGCUUCAAUCUGGCCUAUCCGGAGUUGGUGAGCCAACAGCAGCAGCAACAGCAGCAACAUCUGCAACAGCAGCAGCAACAACAUCUGCAACACCAUCAGCAGUUGCAGCUGCAACAUGAUGCGACCAAGCAGAUCAGCAGCCUCCAGGGGAACCCCAGAUUGGAUCGUGGAACGGGCGCCGUUGCCAGCACCCCAUUAACACUUCAAGCACCCAAAACUCCAGCAACGGCGACGGAGGAGCAAAUGGAUCCGGGGCAAACCCACGACGACGAUCAAGACGACGAUGAUCAUCCCCACCACGACGAGGAUAAUCAAACGAAACGAAAUGAUGUGCAUUAUUUGUUGAAACAGUUGAAUAGUUUUAGUGAUAUAGAAGAAAUAGAAAUUGUUGAUAUGAAGCAAAGAGGUCAGCGGCCGCCGAUGGCGUCCAGUUCGUUGGCGACCAUGAUGCCGCCACCCUCGCCGGCACCGCCGGCCUCCCCAUCCACGCAGUCGCACCGGCUGGGGCCGCGGUUCGCCUCCUCAGGCGACAGUUCGCUGGUCCUGCCGCAGCACCAGUUCGACGACUACCUGUUCGAGUCCUGCCACUACCUGGAGACAAACUACUUUGCCGCCACAUACCGCACUGCCAUGGUCGAGAGCAGCUCCCACGAGUUCCGGCCCUCGACCAACAGCAGCUCGAACAGCUUCGAGCUGCACGAGAUGGAGCCGCCCAGUGUCAUCUGCAAGGCGGGGGCACCACCUCCUCCUCUGACCUCCAGUCAUUCUGGUCAUCCAGGUCACCUUGGUCAUCCGGUUCAUCCGCCGCCGCGGUAUCAAUUCGAGUACCAGGCGGAGACCCGGCUGACCACCAGUGGGGUGCAGACGGAGCUCACCGUCGAGUCGCUGGCCAAGAUGAGCAACUGCAGCGGGAGCAGCUCCUCCUCGACGAGGGCUCCUCCCUUCUUCCGUUGCUGCUACACGCCCAUCGAUCGCUGGCGGGAGAGGAGGCAGCAGCAGAAGAGCUCCUCGGCCUCCUCGUCCGCCGCCCAGCCGCCCAAGGACGUCUGACACUGGGCGUGGCAGUCCACUCGGAGAUCCAACAUGUGCCUGGCUAACUUACAUCAGGGAUGCAAGCCGGGGGAAAAUUGGGAUGGGUUCGGAAUUUGCAGACAUGGUUCGGUUUAAUGGGUUAACGUAGCAUUUUUCGGUCUAAAAAUUAGGGAGAUCUUGAAAUUUUUGGAUAUUUUUGAAAUCUAACAGUUUAAAAAUAACAUUCUUAUAUAAUUCUUGAGCAACUAACUUUUUCAUCUGAAUUCCGUUAUUUAAAAAAUUGGUUAACCGUAAUUCUACUCUCUAAUAAUAUCUUAAAUAUUUUAUUUUUAAAAUUCAAGACCGAACCACUUGCCUUAUAAAAAUGAUAAAAUAAAAUCAUAAACGGUUUGCAUCCCUGUUAUUUUGGUCGCUGUUCUCAUUUGCGAUAUCAACAAGAGAUUCCAUUUCGAUCGACAGUCGAUACACGAAUCACGAAUCCCUUAUCAUUCGAUGAAAGUUCAUUAUUGUACAAUUUAUAAAUGCUAAAACGUAAACAAGAAAUGUUAGUAAACAAUUUUUUAUACACACACCAGCCACACAGACAUUCGCACAUUUUUGCAAUACACCAAAGUAAAUGAUUUGGAAGUUUGUAUAAAUACUUAAGAUUGUUAAAUGUCUGGCAGAAAACUUGGAUGGCAAACGAAUACUGAUUCCAAUUGAAUUUAAAACAUUUUCGGCUUUCUUUUUGAGAACUAGCCAGGUUUUCUGCUAAGCAUUUGCCUAAGCUGAACUCAACUUGGGCCUAAAGUUGUAUUCGAAAAUGUUUCAACAGAAGAAAAUAUUGUUAAAAAUUAAAUGAAAACGUAGGGGACGCGAGAGCUUGUAUAGUAAGUUGAUGAAUAAAGUAAUUGAGAAUGAUGUUGAUAGUGGUCAGAUCAAAUGCAUAGAUGAAAGGCGCGCACGCCGGCACUUUUAAUUUUGUAGUCUAGAUUCCUGUUCCUCUCGCUUUACCAAGUCCGAUUGGUCUGUCUAUAUAUAUAUGGCAUUCAAAUUGACAAAUUAUCUGCGUGCGCGUGGGUUAUACGAUCCCCGAAACGGAUCAAAAACGAUAUAAAACAAAAGCAAUUGUUACAUCAAUUAGACACUAUAUUCUGUUGACUUAUCAUUUAAGCCCACUUUUUUCGUUUCGAAGAAUAAGCUUUUAAGGAAUUGUUGUUAGAGCACAAGAGAUACUGGCUAUACAAGCAAACCAAAUACGAAACGAUUCAACUCUUAAACAACCAAGAGCAAUAUUAGUUUUUAAAUCAGUUCGGAUUUGUCAAUUUUGUUGAGAACAUAUGCAAGUAAAAUACAUCAAAAUAUAUCACUAACUUGAAUAAGCCUCGAGAUCACGCUUUGGUUUAUCGGAAAAUAAAUAUAUAUACGCAAUUGGAACACCGUC